AUGUCGUGUUUCAUGAGAACAUCAAUGAUAACAGCUUUUUUGAUCUUAAUAACUACAGACUUAAUUGAGACAUCUGGAUUACCCAAAUUCAUAACAGAGCAUCAACGUUUCAAAUACCAAGUUUCUCAGCAUAAGUGUCCUCCAGGUACAUACAAGGUUUCAUCGUCAUCAUAUUCAAGCAAUGGCCAGACACAAUGUGCUCGCUGUGAGGAAGGAACAUACACUGAGAAAGAGAAUUCUCUCAAAGAAUGUCGCAAGUGUUACGGGCCUUGUACAGGUAACAGUAUUGAGACUGUUCAGUGUACUCCUACAACAAACCGCAAAUGUGAAUGUGAUUUCCAUUAUUACUGUGUUACUGAUGACCCAGCCAAAUGUGAACAUUGUAAGGAGUGUGGUGAUAAGAAGCCAAUGCUAUCAGAUAAAGAAGAUUAUUACAAACAGGCAUGCCAACCUUGUCCUCCAGGAACAUUUCUGAAUACCACGCCAAAACUGAAAUGUCAACCUCACACCAAUUGUACAGACUUGGGAAAAAUCCUUCACACUAGAGGUAACAGCACAGCUGACAACUCCUGUGUUGAAUCACUAUCAACAGGAGAAGGAAAUGUUUCCUGCAUCACUAAAAAUGAUAAGAAAUGCGAAUGUCCCCUCGGUUAUUACUGCGCAGUAUGUGGAGAUGGGAAAAAUCUUCCUUUAGAUAAGCAACACCACCAGAAGGAGAUGUGCCAACCUUGUCCUCCAGGAAGCUUUCGGAAUAUCACACAAAGACUGAAAUGUCAGCCUCAUACCAAUUGCUCAUUGUUGGGGAAGAUGCUCUACAAUGAAGGUAACAGUACUGUUGAUAACUAUUGUAUCAAUCCACAUCUCCCAGUGAAGAAUCCAACGUGGAAAGAAAGAAAAUCUUUCACUUCUUACAUGGUUUGGAUUGUGGUUCCUUUGGCCAUUCUUUGUGUCAUCAUUACGAUGAGAACUUCACUGUGCAAGGUCUCAAAGAAGCAAGGAAUUGGAAUGCUGGUGAAAUUGAAGUUUAUUUGCAUCUGUGGCGUCAAAAGCGAUAUUUACAAAGGGAGCACGGACGAAGCAGAAAUAAAUGCAGGAGCUGUGCCGGAAGCUGAGAAGCAGUGUUUGAAUGGCCUUAACUCUGAUUCAAAACCUGCAACAGCGAUGAUGCCAUUGAUAAGCAACAAAACAAACAAAGCUCCGAUGUACAAAUCUGACAUUUUCGACAUUGAGACAGUGUCAGUUGUGGUUCACCCUAAAGACAGUACAGAGGACAAUAUUCCUUUUCCAGUCCAAGAAAAUGGGAGAAACUCAAACACCUAUUAUCCCAUAGAGGAGCAGAACCAGAAGCAAUACAGUGAGCCUGUAACGAUGGGAAGCAAAAACAGCACACAAACAAGUGAAUACUUUAAAAACAAUAAAUAGUGACUGCGUCGCAUUUCUGUUUAAACUCAGCUUCCUGCGGAACACUCAGAUUGAUAUUAUCAAUAGAAGGUGGUUUUUCAAGGUACACGUGCCAUGGAGUUGUUGGUCUGGUUGAUGUCUUUAUCACCAGAAAUCUGUUCAGCAUGAAGCAAGGAGAUGUGUUUGUGGACUGUUUGGGACCGUGACUCUUUUCUUGGAAUUUGAUUAUGUGAAAAACAACUAAAUCAAUGUGAACACUUGACUUUGAUACACACAAGAGUAUUUUAACUUAGCAGAGAUCCGUCCUUAAGUCCUCAGAUAAAUCAUCCACUCCAAAUCUGGAUCGAUGCUAGACAGGAGAAAUCUCCUUUAAUUGUGGGUUUGCAAAACAGACCAGGCAUGAAGGUAAACUUCCAAAGAUCUCAAGUUUU